UGGAGCCGCGCCAGUCCCUCGUGUGCGUGCCGACAACACAGGUGCAGCACGGCGCCGGCGAGCACCCGCACCUCGACGCGCACCGCACCUGCAGCGCGGCGUACCGCAUCCUCGACGUGCCGUUGCGUCGCAGCGUACCGCCUCCUCGAAGUGCUCCACGCACUGCGGCCGCGUUGGCCAGCGCCCCUGCCCCCGCCAGCAGGUGGACAUGCGCGUCAGUGGGUGUGUGUGCGAGUGCCGCUAGGCAGGACUUCCCUCACGCUGGCUGAGUUCAACAAGGGAUUACCUCAGUCACCUGCAGGAUGGGGCUCACCACAUGCGCCGGGCCGCUGCUCGCCGCCGUCAUGCUGUUGGUGCUGCACGGCGAGCGCGCCACUGCGACGUGUGUCUUCAAUUCCGAGUUCGGCUUCACCAUCGACUGCGCCUUUAAGAAAUCCGGCCUUUUUCGGGUCAGGAACUUGGGAGGAGUCAAGGGCUUUGCAUCUCUAGGUUUCAGCGUGGGCGAUGAGCUGGGCUUCAAGGAGUCACUCUCCAACGUUGAGAACAACCGUCGACGCUCCGUAAGCCGCACUUCGGCCCUGUUGGCUAAGAAGCAGGACGAGGGCGUGACCAGGCUGCUGCCAGCGCAGCCCAACGCCGUGGCCCGCCAGGCCCUGGACGUGCUCAAGCAGUCGCGUCUGCAGGAGCAGCAGGAGCAGCUGGACCAGCAGGAGCAGCAGCAGCAGCAGGUGCAGAGGGUGGCCCAGGCGCGCUACCUGCAACAGGCCGUGCCCCCCUUCAGGCCCAUCCCCGGCGCGGACGGAGGGGCGCCGCUGGUGGGCGUGGCCGUCAUGGCCAACCCCCAGGUGUUCGCCGCCGCGCCCUCCUCGAACCUCGGCUACUCCAACCUGGCGGCCGCCUCCCGCUGGAACACGACGCGACCCCUCCGCCUGGCCGCCGUGCCGCUGGCCGCGGCGCCACAGGUGCAGCAGCUGCAGCAGGUGCCACCCUUCCAGCAGCUGCCCUCGUCCAUCUCCAGAGUGGCCUCCGUGGCCCCGGCCGGCCCGGGCGCGCAGGCGAACACAUUGCUGCCCUCCGUGUCCGGAGCCACAGUGAUGGCAGUCCCGGUGCGCGCGCCCGCCGCCUUCAAGAACGCCCUGCAAGUCGCGACUGGGAACUUCCAGAUGCCCGCUGCGAACGCCGCCCCCACCUCGCUGCGUACCCUGCCCCUGCUAAUGGGCCACUCGGUGUCCGCACUCUCCAAGGCGUCCAACAUCAGCGAGGAAGCCAUCCUGGCAGCGCUGCAGCAGCGCCAGCAACAACUCCUGCAGCAGCAACAGCAUGCGAUGACCACAGUGGCUUUCCUUCCAACCCUCCCCUCGACCACCUCAACAACCACUACUUCGACCACCACGACGACGACCACGCCGCCACCACCGCCUAAGCCCGUCAGCGUGUUACACAAGUACCCGCUGGCCGAGCCCCCAAAGGUGAUGAACGCUCCCAAGGAAUACUACCCCGUCGGCUACGAUAAGAACUUCGACGACAACUUCGUGUCGCGGGUUGAGCUGCCGGACACGUCAUUCCACUGCGGCGACCAGAAGCACUUCCCCGGCCUGUACGCCGACGAGGACCUCGGCUGCAUGGUGUUCCACGUGUGUGCGCUGACGGAUGACGGCCUCAUCAUGAAGUCAUUCCUGUGCCCUGAGUCGACGCUGUUCGAUCAGACGGUGCUCAAGUGCAACUGGUGGUUCUACGUGGACUGCAAAGCAUCGCGCCGCCUCUACGACUCCAACAUUCCCGUGUCCAAAAGCUACCAGCUCAUGAAGGCACUCGCCUUCUUCUCCUCGUACAAGAAAACCCAAGAGGACGAGGAGCCACAAGUACCGCGAGGGCGGGCGCUGCAGCAGCAACCGUCUGCUACCAACCAGACGACACUCUCCACGACCUCGGGGGCCCCGUCCCCGACCACCGCUUCGACGACAGUGUCAAGUCGGACGCCAACACCUGCCGAAGUCAUCGAUGGUGACUCCCCAUCAACUUCUGGGAGCUAGAAGCCCGCUCGCCGCGCUCGGGACGGUUCUCCGCGCGACAGAGACAUGGACGCCGAAUCGGCCUGAUUACCGCCGGAAAGAGAAAGACGUCGCUUCAUGUCAAGUGAACCUUUGUGACUGGGUGCCAACUAGAUCCUGUCCCGACUGUGGAGACAAACUUUAUUAAUGAAAUACCGCAGGCACAGCAGAAUGUACCUGUCGACCCAUUUUGCUGAGAUACGCAGAUGAGUGACACAUCAAAAUCAGACUGGCGGAGACUGUUGUACUCUGCAUCUGCAACGUGAUCUUACAAAGGGACUCAAUUAAUUUUAUUUCGUCAAAAGAACUUGAAGCGUGGUUGUUUGAUUCAAUUAUUGGGGAAUGGCAUUUUUACAGUAGAGAACACUGACUGAUCCCUUUCAGAGGGAGUGAUGAUGAUGGGAGUGCACAACCAGAGAUGCCACGAAUUGCUUAAAAUCUACCUUAACUGGGUUCAACAAAAUGUGUAGUGUGACAGACACAUCUUUCUCAUUGCACUCCCUUUCCAAAGUACAAGUGUUAGUGCAAGCGUUGUAUCUACCAAAGCAAUGACCAACAUUCCCCAAUGCUUGCCUGGAUAUGCGUUUGUUCUUUCCGUGUAAAAAUUGGAUCUAGAUUAAGUAAAAGACUAAGGAUUUAGUUGAAAUUAUGA